CGGGGCGCCCGGGGCUCUCUUUUCUCCAAGCUGGUACUUUCAUUUUCCAGCGCAGAGUCUUUUGAGAGACCCCGCAGCAGCCCUGACGGCGCCCGUCAGACCCCAGACUGCGCAGAGGUGACACGGGUGCCCGGGAGAGGCUGCGCCACCGCCUACGCCCGCCCGAUCCUGCGCGCUGAAAAGUUUUCCUUUGCCGAGUGCCAUCUGCAGAGAGCUGUCUAGGUUCGAGACGCUCGCACCCUGCGCAUGCAGACCCAACAGUUUGGCACCUGAUUUGCUGUGUGACUGUUGCUUAACUUGAAACCCCAGUCCCUCCCGGGGGCGGCAGGUGACAGGAUGUCCCAGUGGUAUGAGCUUCAGCAGCUGGACUCCAAAUUCUUGGAGCAGGUUCACCAGCUCUAUGAUGACAGUUUUCCCAUGGAAAUCAGACAGUACCUGGCACAAUGGCUUGAAAAGCAAGACUGGGAACAUGCUGCCAAUGAUGUCUCAUUUGCCACUAUCCGAUUUCACGACCUCCUGUCUCAGCUGGAUGAUCAAUAUAGUCGCUUUUCGCUGGAGAACAACUUUUUGUUGCAACAUAACAUAAGGAAAAGCAAGCGCAACCUUCAAGAUAAUUUUCAGGAAGACCCAAUACUGAUGUCUAUGAUCAUCUGUAACUGUCUGAAGGAAGAAAGGAAGAUCCUGGAAAAUGCCCAGAGAUUCAGUCAGGCUCAGUCGGGGCAUAUUCAGAAUGCUGUGAUGUUAGAUAAACAGAAGGAGCUUGACAGCAAAGUCAGAAAUGUCAAGGACAAAGUUAUGUGUAUAGAACAGGAAAUCAAGACUCUAGAAGAGUUACAAGAUGAAUAUGACUUUAAAUGCAAAACUUCACAGAACAGAGAACAUGAAACCAAUGGUAUAGCAAAGAAUGAUCAGAAGCAGGAACAGAUGUUACUCCAGAAGAUGUAUUUAAUGCUUGACAAUAAGAGAAAGGAAGUAGUUCACAAAAUAAGGGACUUGUUGAAUGUCACUGAACUUACCCAGAAUGCCCUGAUUAAUGAUGAGCUGGUGGAGUGGAAGCGGAGACAGCAGAGCGCCUGUAUUGGGGGCCCCCCCAACGCCUGCCUUGACCAGCUGCAGAACUGGUUCACCAUAGUCGCGGAGAGUCUGCAGCAGGUUCGUCAGCAGCUUAAAAAACUUGAGGAACUGGAACAGAAAUACACCUACGACCUAGACCCUAUCCCAAAAAACAAACAAGGGUUAUCGGAUCGCACCUUCAGCCUUUUCCAGCAGCUCAUUCAGAGCUCAUUUGUGGUGGAAAGACAGCCUUGCAUGCCAACUCACCCUCAGAGGCCGCUGGUCUUGAAGACUGGGGUACAAUUCACCGUGAAGUUGAGAUUGUUGGUGAAAUUGCAAGAACUGAAUUAUAAUUUGAAAGUCAGAGUCUUAUUUGAUAAAGAUGUGAAUGAGAGAAACACAGUAAAAGGAUUUAGAAAGUUCAACAUCUUGGGCACACACACCAAAGUGAUGAACAUGGAGGAGUCCACCAAUGGAAGUCUGGCGGCAGAGUUUCGACACCUGCAACUGAAAGAACAGAAAAAUGCUGGCACCAGAACUAACGAGGGCCCUCUCAUUGUUACGGAAGAGCUCCACUCCCUUAGUUUUGAAACCCAGUUGUGCCAGCCUGGUUUAGUCAUUGACCUCGAGACGACCUCUCUGCCCGUUGUGGUGAUCUCCAAUGUCAGCCAGCUCCCAAGUGGCUGGGCGUCCAUCCUGUGGUACAACAUGCUGGUGGCAGAACCCAGGAAUCUAUCCUUCUUCCUGAACCCACCUUGUGCACGGUGGGCUCAGCUGUCAGAGGUGCUGAGUUGGCAGUUUUCAUCUGUCACCAAAAGAGGCCUCAACGCGGACCAGCUGAACAUGCUGGGAGAGAAACUUCUCGGUCCUAAUGCUGGCCCCGAUGGUCUGAUUCCCUGGACGAGGUUCUGUAAGGAAAAUAUAAAUGAUAAAAAUUUUCCUUUCUGGCUUUGGAUUGAAAGCAUCCUUGAACUCAUUAAGAAACACCUGCUCUCUCUCUGGAAUGAUGGGUGUAUCGUGGGCUUUAUCAGCAAGGAGCGGGAGCGCGCGCUGCUCAAGGACCAGCAGCCGGGAACCUUCCUGCUGCGCUUCAGCGAGAGCUGCCGGGAAGGGGCGAUCACCUUCACGUGGGUGGAGCGCUCCCAGAACGGAGGGGAGCCUUACUUCCAUGCUGUUGAACCCUACACGAAGAAAGAACUGUCUGCUGUUACCUUCCCUGAUAUUAUUCGCAAUUACAAAGUCAUGGCCGCUGAAAAUAUUCCAGAAAAUCCUCUGAAGUUUCUGUAUCCAAAUAUUGAUAAAGACCAUGCCUUUGGAAAGUAUUACUCCAGGCCAAAGGAAGCACCAGAACCAAUGGAACUUGAUGGCCCUAAAGGAACUGGAUACAUCAAGACUGAAUUGAUUUCUGUGUCUGAAGUUCACCCUUCUCGACUUCAGACCACAGACAACCUUCUCCCCAUGUCUCCCGAGGAGUUUGACGAGGUGUCCCGGAUAGUGGGCCCUGUAGCAAUCGAUAGUAUGAUGAAUGCAGUAUAGAGCAUGAAUUUUUCUCAUCUUCUCUGGCGACAUUUUUCCUUCCCAUCUGUGGUUUCCUCCUGCUACUCUUCCUUCACAUCCUAUGUUUCUAGGGAAAUGAAAGAAAGGCCAACAAAUUUGCUGCCACCUGUGACUUUUCCCUAAUUCAGAAACAGCUGUUACUCUGAAGGGCUUCAUGCAUCUUGUUAAAGGUAAAACUGAAAUGCCCUCUCCACAAAACGGUUUUGGCAAAUGAAAACCAUCUAGACACCCAAGCAUCAGAACUAGAAUAAGAGCUCUUGGGGAAAGCGGAGAAGCUUAACAGCAUGUUAAAAAAAUGCUGAGCAUCGAGUCAGGCCCCAGCUCUCUCAGGGUGUUGCAUAGAUCACACGGUUAUUUGGAGAAAUGCUUGAUGUAUGAACGGCAGAUUUCUGUUCUGGAGAAUUCUUAUUUGUUUCCUCUGCUUUAUAUGUGGCUGGACGUUUUCCAUUGGCUUGUCUGUGAGAUCGUUUAACCUAAGUUUAUAUAGAAUUACAUCAUCCCUUAUCCACAUUAGCCAUCCUGCAUCUGGGCAGGGGUAAAGGUUGUGUUCCUUCUUACAUUUUCCACACUGGCCAUUUAAAGCGAAGACAAGUUCUCUCUUACUUGGGAGAAUUAGCUUUUCUGCUUAUUUUGGCUUUAUGAUACUAGCUAAUAUCAGUAGAAAGACGAGCAUUUUCCAAAUUCAUGGGUAGUGUUUUCUGUUUAAACUUUAAUAUCCAGAGCUGAAUAUAUUCUGCCUUCCCCUAAUAAGUAAAACUGUCUUCACAUUUCUCUAGGGAGGCAGGGGAUUAAGAAUUGCUCUCUCAAGGCCAAAAAGAUUAACGUUAAUCUUAGGUGUAGAAAAACUCAGAAAUUUCAUUCAUGUUUUUUUGUGUGUUAAUUUGUUUUUAUUGUUAUUGUCUGAUAUUUAAUCUAUUAGUCAUAAAAAUUUCAAAUUGAGAAGAAAAAAACAGUGGCUGGUAAAUCAACCAGAAAUAUGAGACUCAAAUAAUUUGAAAAUUCAUCCUGUGUAAUUGCAUUAAGUAUUGCCUGUUUUUCACUGAUAAAUGUGUUUUUCUGAAAAAUACAUUGGCAAAUGGUUCAUCUUUCUGGUGCUUUUUCUAGACCUUCCUUGACAUUUUGUGAAGUGGACUGUUACUGAUCUUCCCGUUCAUUAGCAUUGACACAAAAAAAAGUAGUUUAGGUGGUGGGUUUGAAAGGAUACUUUUAUUUUAUAAAAACCUUAUUUUUCUCUGGUGGGAGUAAAGUUUUCUUGAAGCCUGUUUUAAGUAAAGGUAUUGCAUUAAAUAGAAUAUACACAUGGGACUUUUCUUGAUACUGAACACAAAUUAAGGCUUCCUCUCCAUUGUUACAUAUGAUGACAUGAACCUGACUAGGUUUGCAUUAACUUUUGACAUUGAAAUGAUGAAGGAACAAAGGAGACAGCAUUUUAAAAAAUCUUAUGUGUUUUAAAAAAUCUUACGUGUAAUUGCUGGUAUUUACCUACUAGGUAUCUUUUUGCCCUUUGAGAAUGAUGUGGUGUGGCUUCAUCUUACUGGACUAGCCACGGGAUUUUGUUUACUUUUAAGAAGUAUUAAAAUCCCAAUGUUGGUCUCUUAUUAAUAGCAUUUCAUGUAAAGAUGUUAGAAAUUACCACCAUUAUGUAUAGGCCUGAUGUUCUUCAUUUUUUCUUAUAUGUGAUUGAAAAUAAAAAUGUAGCAGUCCUUAUCUUAAAGUAAUUUUAAUGACACUGUUUCCCUUUCUUACCCUGCUUGUAAGCAAGAGUGCUAUGGCAGAUGAAGAUGGGUUAGUUGAAGAGAUCACAAAGGAAACAUGACUGGAACAAGCUGUAAUGGGUCCCAUAAAAAGCAAACCAAAAAACCAAAACAAAAAGUACUUUGAUCUUGGUGACCACAGCUGCCUCCUAGUGCACAAAUAAUUUGGCACUGACUAUACAAUGAAUUUGGGGCCUGAUAAUGUAAGUUUCUAAUUUAAAAAUUCAUGUAAAAGGGGCUCUGUCUGGCCUCCAGAGUAGCCAUCUGAAACUACAUGUCCAUGAUUAGAUGAGUUGUUACUGAAGUCACUACACCAUCCUGAGAGGUGCCAGUUCUUCUGCAAAAGUGUUAAAAGCUAGAAAGCCACAGUAAAGUAAAGGGCCCCAUGAGCUGGAAAAAAAAUAGGACUAGUAAACACAUAAUCGCCAAGUUAGAUGUAAUCUGGCAAGUUAGAUUCAACUGUUGUUUGGCGAUUCAUCAAGGAGUGGCAAUGUCCCAGUGUGAUCAGCCGCACCUCUGCAAUCGCAGGAUGUCCAUCUCGGAAAUAUCAAACUUCUGUGUAUCAUAUACACUGAGAGCUGUUUUCUCCAGGGAGAAAGGUAGAUAAUGCCCUGGGUAGGUGCGUAUCUUAUGUAAU